AGUACAUCUCAAUCAUCACAAGAGGAAUAAUAGAAGUGAACAAGAUGAAAGCUACUCUGCUCACUGUGGUGGCAAUCACUGCAGUGGCUGCCCUAGUUGGAGCCGCCGAUCCCGAAUGCAUAUACCGGAGGACUAGGAACCUCCCGAUGCACUGGCCGAAACCCCUGAACUGUUCCUCCUACUACCGUUGCACCACCAAGAACGCGGUUCGCACGGUCACGUGUGCACCCGGCAAGGAGUACAACCCCAAGAAUGGCAAGUGCACGAUCGCAGGACGAAGUCUCUGCAAGCUGAGUCUUCUAGCUCCACUCGCUGAGGCCACCAAUGUGUGCUCCACCGAGGUGAACGGAGCGUACAUAGCCAAUAGUGGUUCUUGUGGCGAGUUCUUCAUCUGCGACGAGCAGAUUGCCUAUCCACAGAAGUGCGAUUUAGGAAGCUUUUUCAACGAAACCCUGGCCGCCUGUGUACCGGAUGCAAACUCCACGUGCUGGCAGAACCUGUGCAUCAAUAAGACCAGUGGUGUAUAUUUGGAAAAUGAGGCGAACUGCGGUAGCUACUACGUGUGCUCCGCUGGAGAAGCCACUCUGCAGACUUGUCCCCAGGGCAGCUUCUUCAACACCUCAGCUGCGGCCUGUACUGUCGAUCAAGGAAACUCACAAUGCUGGGUUAACUACUGCAUUGGACAGGAUAAUGGAUCCGCUGUGGCCGACAAGUCCAACUGCUCCGUGUUCUAUGUGUGCUCCAACAAUACGGCUACUGCUCAAGAAUGUCCCGAAGGAAGCUACUUUGAGAACAAUAACUGGGGUUGUGUUCCCGGCACUUGCACCACAGAGUCACCAUGCGAUGAUUCCACAACCACCACCACUGAACCUUGUGCUGAGGAGACAACGGAACCUCCGGCAUCCUGCGAUUGCGGUGAUAUUAAGAACGCAGACUUCAUUCCCGAUGAAGAGAACUGUCGCAAGUACUUCAUCUGCAUUAAUGGUGUUCUGGUGGCCGGAGAUUGCGGCAAGGGUAACAUGUUCAAUGCUAACCUCAGUGUUUGUGUGGUUGAUGCUGACAACACUUGCUGUGUAGCGGAUUGUACGGAUGGCGAGUCUAAAGUGGAUCCCCAGGACUGCACCAAGUACUUCAAGUGUCAAAGUGGCGACUGGACUUCCGUUUCCUGUGAUAGUGGCAGUUAUUUUAAUGAAACUCUUAACUGCUGCCAAGUGGAUGUGAAUAAUGUGUGCAUUAAUGCCAAGAGCACUUCACCACAGACCCCGACAACCUCAACCGUUGAAACUAUUUCCGUUAACAAGUGCAAUGCAAGGGAUCCUCCAGCCAGUGGAAAGAACUGCUGGACAUACCAGUCCUGCAUCAAUGGCCAGUGGGAGGAUGGCACUUGCCCCAAUGACACCUACUUUGACGCCUCCGUUGGCAUUUGCCGCGAGGACACCAAUAAUGUCUGCCCGGAAAACAGAUCGAGCGGAUCACGCCAGAAGCGAAGUGUGGAAGACUGCACCUGCGAGGGAGGCAUCGCGCAGGGAACCAUUAUAGGUCACUCGACCGACUGCGAUAAGUACCUGAUCUGCGAGAAUGGUCAGUUGGUGGAGAGUGUGUGCGGCGUGGGCAAUGUCUUUCAGAAUUCCAGCGGCAUCUGUGUCCCAGACACCAAGGCCACUUGCUGGGUCUGCUCCAACAAACCGAAUGGCUACCAGAUGGCCGAUCCGACCGACUGCACCAGCUAUUUGACCUGCUGGAAUGGCCUGGCCACAAAGCACACCUGCGGCUCCGGCGAGUGGUACAAUGGCGAUGGUAAUUGCAUCAUCGAUGUGAAUGCCAAGUGCAUCAACCCAUGCACCUGCGGCAAUGGCAACGUGGCCCAUCCCAUCUGCACCAAGUACUUCCAGUGCACGGACGGAGAGCCCCAAGUGAAGCAAUGCGUCGUUGGAGAGGCCUUUGAUUCAGCAACUGGUCAGUGCUCCACGACCGUGGAGUGCUCAGCCAAAAACUGUGCAACCGCCAGUGAGGACACCACUUUCCCUGUCGCCGGAGAAAGUGGCCAAUUCUACGUCUGCCUCAACAACGAGGCCACCAUUCAAUCCUGCCCGGUCAACACCGGUUACUCCGCCGAACUGGGUAUAUGCGAAGAACAACCCAGCCCCGAUUGCGACCAGACUGUUUGUAACAGUGCCUCUGUGGACUCGACGUAUGCAUCUAAUGGCAAUGACUCGUCGACCUUCUGCCUGUGCAAGGAUAGUGGUGCUUAUAUUCAAUCCUGUCCAACCGGAUUGUUCUACGACGCAACUGAACAAGCCUGCACUUUCUCCGGAAACUGCGAUCCUCUGGUCUGCAAUGACCAGUCGGAGUACUUCGUCUCUCCGGACUACGAGGACCCGAACAGUUUCUGCUUGUGCCGCGCUGGCGAACCCAUCACUGUUCCCUGUCCAAUUGGCUACACUUUCAAUGCCGAGACGCUCGAGUGUGUUCUUAUUCCACUGCCAGAUCCCCGCUGCUGCGCAAAUGGCUGCGUAGGAAAGACGGACUUCUCUACUUUUCCAACUAUUAAAGGUACCGAUGGCUUCUGUGUCUGCGUAGACGAAGUUCCCAAGUACACCAGCUGUCCGGAAAACUCCCAAUUCGAUGUUGAGCUAAGUGCCUGCGUCGCCACUGAGGAGGAAACCACAUGUCCUGUGAACGCUUGCACUGUCGGCAUUUGCGAGAACGCUAAGGAUUUCGAUACCUUCCCUGUUCCUUGUGAGCCCUCCGCUCUUUGCUACUGCCUCGACUCCUGCCCCAUCUAUGAAACCUGUCCCGAAGAUCUGGUCUAUGACGAAGAUAUGAAGAUGUGCACGGAACCAGAGGAUCCUUCUGUUGUCUCCCGGUGCAAUGCUGAAAAAUGUGACAGCACUCCGGAUUUUACACCAUAUCCGACCAUCGAAGGAACGGAUGGCUUCUGCUAUUGUAAUGGCGGCUUGCCCGUUUUUCAAGAAUGUGAACAAAACACGGAAUUCGAUCCCGCCGAGGGAAUUUGCCAAAGUGUUGUGGAUCCCUGUGUGACCGCCAUGUGCGAUGCUAAUCAAUGCGCCACCUUGGGCAAUUACGUGCUCUUCCCAACAAACACGGCCAGCGAUGACAGCGGUGCCUUCUGCUACUGCGCGGAUGGGGAGGUGGUCUUGGAGCAGUGCAGCCCCGAUAUGGUGUUCAAUGCGGAUCUGGGACGAUGCACAGUUCAGGCUGCACCCGAGUGCGUUUGCGAGUGCAGCAGCUCCGAUGACUACGAGACAUAUGCGGCUCUGAAUACGAAUGCAGGCUUCUGCCUGUGCAUAAGCGGAACUCCUGUGUUCCAAGAGUGCUUAGAUGGCGAGACCUAUAAUAGUAGCCAGGGUGCCUGCUUUUCGAGCACCGCCAAGAUCAUUGCUUCCGGCCUUUGCGAUGACAGACGAUGCCACAGUCGUGCCGUUGUGGAUGCCACUUUUGCGGCAGUGAAUACGACCAGUGGAUAUUGCAGCUGCCAGGAUGUCGGCGUGUCCACCUUCAUCAAUUGUGCGGAUGACCAUGUUUACGAGGAGAGUGCGGGAACUUGCGUGGUAGGGGCCUGCGAUUACACCAGUUGCUUGAACCGAAUUGCCUUCGAACCCUUCGAGGCGAAGAACACCACCGAAGGAUUCUGCUCCUGCGACGGUGUGCCCAAUUUCCAUCACUGCCAGACGGGACACGUCUUUGACAAGGCGCAGGGUAUAUGUUUGCUGAAGGACACCAUGGCCAUGAUCUCUUGCAACCUUAGUGAAUGCCUGAAGCGAAGCCAAUUCGAGCCAUUUGCCGCCGAGAACACCAAGUCCGGCUUCUGCUCCUGUGACGAUCUGCAGCGCGUUAGUGUCACCUAUCAUCCGUGCGGUGAGGGCGAGAUCUUCGCUCCGGAACUCGGCAUGUGCACCAGCCACAGCAUCCAGAAGCGUUCCGUGGAGACGGAGGAAAACAUUUGUAUCUCGAAUGAAAUGCGCUCGGUACCAGCGAACUGUUCCCAGUACGAGGUGUGCAUCGAUGGUAAUUGGCGGCGACGCACUUGCUCUGACCGGCGAUACUACAAUCCGGAGCAGCAGAGAUGCCUGGAGCCGCGAGAUGACUUAGUCUGCGCCUACGCAAGGGUAUCGAAUGUAACGGCAUGCACCACCAUCAGCGAAUCCCUGACUAUUCCCGCAAAAAGUGGCAAUUGUAUGCAGUACUUCCGCUGCUCCGGUGGCAAAUGGCGUCUGCGCAACUGUCCGAAGCAGUACUACUACUCCCCGUUGAUAGGAUCCUGUUUGCCUUUCCCGCGCGGUCAUGAGCAGGACAGGAAUCAAACUAUUUGCAGCUGGGCGAUGAGUAAGCUGGCUGGUAAUACCUCAGAAGAUUGCCAGCACCUGGCAGUGCGUCCUUCUUUGGCGGGCGGCUGUCAGAGCUACCUGAUGUGCCUGGACAACUCCUGGUGGCUGCACCAGUGUCCCUUGGGCAUGUACUUCAGUCGGGAGCACAACUAUUGUCUGCCCAAUGAUGCGGGGCAGUGUAUCCUGCCGGCGGAGCGUAGUGGAAGCUGCUCCAACGGAGAGAGCAGAUCCGUGGUGGGCAGCUGCCACAGCUACGAAUUGUGCUCGGAUAAUGGCCAGUGGAUGAGGAGGCGCUGCCAGGAAAGGGAACAGUUUGAGCCCAUGCUGGGCUGCGUGCCCAAUGAUGGAAGCUGUCAAGACAAUGGGAUGCGACGCAUCUGCCGGGAGGGGGAACUCCAGGCUCAAUUCGGGAACAACUGCUCUCAGGGAUUUCUGUACUGCGAGGCGGAGGAAUGGCAUCUGGGUAGCUGUCUCAAGGGGCACAGCUUCGCUAGGAAUCGCAACAAGUGCCAGUUACAGUCACAGUGCCAACUCCAGAUAAGGGAUCUCCCAGCGGACAACCAGUGUCUGGGUCAAAUGGAUGGCCUAAGUGUCGCCGAUCCCACAGAUUGCACACGAUUUUACCUGUGCCUGCAACAAGUGCCCACCAUCCUGCAGAGCUGCUCCUCUGGCAGCUUCUUUGACUCCACCCAAGGAUACUGCCGACCGAAUGAUGGUACCUGCCAGCUGGCGAUUUGUAACGGACUAGAAGAUGGCAAGCUGGUGGCUCAUCCGGACGAUUGCCGCUCCUACUACAGCUGCUCCAGCCAGAAUGGAAGUAGUCUGGUGCAAUGCGAUGAGGGUCAGUAUUUCCAUAGCUUGCUUUCAAUUUGCCGAGUAGAUCACGGCCAGUGUCGAAAAGUUUCCAAUGAAGAUGACACGGAAACUGCACCCAGAUUGUGCUCCGGUCUUCAUGGCGUUAAACUUCCUCACGAGCUGUACUGCAAUUUGUACUACGCCUGUGUCAAGGGACUAGCUAUACCCGUUGAGUGUCCAGUCCAACAUCAAUUCAAUCCGGUGCUAUGGAUCUGCGAACCGGAAUCACAGGCCGUACAGCCGUGUCCAAACGGUCAGCUGGAUGGAAACGUCAGCUACGUUUAUAGCUGUGGAAACCUGCAGGACGGCACCUUCCUGGCCAAUCGGACGGACUGUACUCGGUACUUCAUCUGUGCCGGAGGAGUGGCCACUGCUCAGCGAUGCGCUGCAGGCACCUUUUUCGAUCCGGAGCAACGUCUCUGUCUUGCGGACGACGGCUCCUGUCCGCUGGUGGAAUCAGUACCCGAUGAUGGUGACAAUCCCAAUAACCAGCACGUGCCACCAGAUCCGGUGGUUUGCGAGGGCAAACAUGGUUAUCUAAUGCCCGAUCCGGCCAACUGUAAUAAUUUCUAUCUCUGCGUUUCGGGAAAACUCCGGCACGAGCUUUGCUAUACGGAUAACUUCUUCAAUGCCUCCUUGCAACAGUGUCAGCCCUAUGAGGUAGCCUCUGAUGGGAAUAAUCAGACAGAAAGUCCAAUACAAUCGCGACAGAUCGAGCUUGGAGGUCAGGAAAAGACAGUGACAAAUGGAGUCUGCAAGGAUACACCCACCUCUUUUGCCGGAAUUUGUGGAGUCAUCGGAAAUGGUGCCUCCGUGGCGGAACAGGGUGAUUGCCGAAGAUACACCAGUUGCGAGGAAGAUGAACCCGUUUCGCAGCGAUGUCGCAAUGGCGAGAGUUUCGACAGCCUUUUGGGCAUCUGCCGACAAAGCGAUGGAACCUGCCUCUUGGAGAACGGCGUAAGAGUGGGAGUCUGCAACGGAAAGCACGGACAACUGGCCCGGGAUGCGGACAACUGUCGCGGCUACUUCACCUGCGUUCAUGGCCAGCAGAUCGACGGCGAGUGCGCCCAGGGCGAGUUCUUCAACCGGCUGACCAACAGCUGCGAAGUGGAUGUCCUGCAGCAGUGCAAAAGUGACACAGACGACGUGAUCAUCGCCGACAAUCUGGGUUAAGUGAAUGAUUAGGGUCGAUGUUGAUCUAAUAAGUUAAGUCAAACGUAUGGUGGUGGUUAAAUACAUAUACUAGAAAAGCAACUGCAAGAAGGAGGACUGGGCAGAGCACUUAGUAUCCAAGAUUUCUAAAUAGUAUGUUGCUAUUAGAGGCCACAAAAAUUGACCUAUUUGAGCUCAUGACGCAACGCAGAACACAAAUAAAUGUCAAUUGCCUACUUCAAUUCUUGAA